UAUUAAAUUACUGAUUUCUGCAGUUCCCCUGCUGACAGAGGUGGCGGAGCAGCAAACAGUGUCUGACUCUAGCUUGCCGAAGGGGUGAGAACGCAGCUUGUGGGUGUAGCUGGAAAGGCAGAAACUUUGAGGAGACCUCACACUUUAUAGCAAGUUCAACCAGCAGAAUGACAGAGACUGACCUGGGCCUCCCCACUAUCGAGAGAAAGCCGGGGCUGCAGAUAUGGACCAUCGAGAAAAUGAAAAUGGUUCCCAUUCCCGAAAAGGCUUACGGGAGCUUUUUCAAAGGAGACUGUUACAUCAUAUUAUAUAAUAAGAAGACCUCAAACGGCUUCGUGAUGGACCUGCACUACUGGAUUGGGAAGGAUUCAUCUCAGGAUGAACAGGGCGCUGCGGCCUUCUAUGUCACCCAGAUCGAUGACAUGCUUGGGGGGAGCCCAGUGCAACAUCGAGAAGUGGAGGGACAUGAGUCUGAGGUCUUCAAAAGCUACUUCAAAAGUGGCAUUAUCUACAAGAAGGGAGGCGUGGCUUCAGGAUUCAAGCAUGUGGAGACCAAUAUGUACAACAUCAGACGCCUCCUUCAUGUCAAGGGGAAGAAGCAUGUGUCAGCCACAGAGGUGGAGCUUUCGUGGGACAGCUUCAAUAAGGGGGAUGUGUUCCUGAUGGACCUUGGGAAAGUGCUGAUCCAGUGGAAUGGUCCCGAAAGCAACAUUGCGGAGAAAUCCAGGGGACUGGCUCUGGCUCGUAGCAUCAGGGAUGGCGAGAGAGGCGGCCGGGCCCAGAUUGGCAUCAUUGACAAUGAGAAGGACUCCCCAGACCUCAUGCAGAUCAUGAAAACGGUGCUCGGGGAGAGACGUGGGGCGCUCCGGGCCACCACGCCCGAUGAGAAAGCUGAUGAGCUGCAGAAAGCAAAUGUCCGGCUCUACCAUGUCUACGAAAACGACAACGACUUGGUGGUGCAGGAGAUAGCCACCCGGCCCCUCACACAAGAUCUCCUCCAGCACGAGGACUGUCACAUUUUAGACCAAGGUGGUUUUAAGAUCUAUGUUUGGAGAGGAAAAGACUCCAGCAAGGAGGAAAAGAAAGCCGCAUUCAGCCGAGCUGUGGGUUUUAUCCAAGCCAAGGGUUAUUCUGCUACCACCAAUGUGGAGGUGGUGAAUGACGGCGCAGAGUCAGCAAUGUUUAAACAUCUCUUCAAAAGGUGGACAGAAAAGGAGGAAACUCAAGGUCUUGGCAAAGUCUACACAACUAACAAGAUUGCCAAGGUGGAGCAAGUGAAAUUUGAUGUCUGUCAGUUACAUGCCAGACCAGAGCUAGCUGCAGAACAGAGAAUGGCAGAUGAUGCCUCUGGGAAAGUUGAGGUGUGGCGGAUUGAGGAUCUGCACAUGCAACCAGUGGAUCCCAAGACUUACGGGCAGUUCUACGGAGGAGAUUGUUACCUGAUCCUCUAUACAUACCUGAAAUCGGGCAGACCUCAUUACAUGAUCUAUAUGUGGCAAGGCCGCCAUGCCUCCGUGGAUGAAGUCACUGCCUGCGCGUUCAAUGCCGUGGAGCUGGACAAAAAGUACGGGAAUGAGCCGGUGCAGAUUCGAGUGACGAUGGGCAGGGAGCCUCAGCACUUCCUUGCCAUCUUUAAGGGCAGCCUGAUUAUUUAUGAGGGAGGCACAAGUCGCGCACAGAAUAAUGAGCCCGAGCCCAUGGUCCGUCUCUUCCAAGUGAGAGGCACUGAUGAGAUCAACACCAAAACCAUCGAGGUGCCAGCCCGGGCCUCCUCCCUCAACUCCAACGACGUCUUCCUGCUCACGACCAGCCAGGUCUGCUACCUGUGGUGUGGGAAGGGCUGCAGCGGGGAUGAGAGAGAGAUGGCGAAGAUAGUGGCCAACAUCGUCUCCAAACGGGACAAGCAGACCAUUUUGGAGGGGCAAGAGCCGGUGGAGUUCUGGGCAGCACUGGGAGGAAAAGCCCCCUAUGCCAGUGACAAGAGAUUCCAAGAGCCAACUGUCCGAUACCAGCCCCGCCUAUUCGAGUGCUCCAACCAGACAGGGCGGUUUAUCAUGACAGAAGUGGUGGGCUUCUGCCAGGAUGACUUGGACGAAGAUGAUGUCAUGUUACUGGACACUUGGGAAGAGAUUUUCCUUUGGAUUGGCAAAACCUCCAAUACAUAUGAAAGAAAUGAGUCUAUUUCCUCAGCCAAAGACUAUCUGAAGACCCAUCCAGCUGGAAGAGAUUUAGCAACACCAAUAAUAAUGGUGAAGCAAGGCUAUGAACCACUCACCUUCACUGGCUGGUUCAGUGCUUGGGAUCCAUAUAAGUGGAGCGAUGGCAAGUCCUACGAGGAGAUGAAGAAUAGCUUAGGAGAUGUGUCUGCUAUAUCAGAGAUCACAGUGGAUCUUAACAAUGCCAGUCUGAACAAGAGAAACACAAACAGUAAACCUGCCAGCCCCACUGGUUCAAGAAUGGAGAGAACUUCACCUGCACAUAAACCACACCCCAACAGCAGGGUCAACAGCACCAGCAACUGUCAGAACAACUAUGCCCCUUCGGUAGUUUCAGCAGUAACAAAUGGAAAUGAAGCCUAUCCCAGAGAGGUGCUGAUCAACAAGACAGUGGAUGAACUUCCAGAAGCCGUGGACCCCGCUAAAAAAGAGUUCUAUCUAUCUGAUGCAGACUUCCACGAUAUCUUUGGGAAAUCCAAGGAUGAGUUCUACCAGAUGCCCAGAUGGAAGCAGCAGAACGAGAAGAAACAGCAUGGACUGUUUUGAAGCAGAGACUGUCCUGCACCUGCUGGCUGUGGAAUGAAAUCAUGAUUUCGGUAGCCAUAGGAGGGGAAUGCAGAUACUUGUCAAAAAAACCUAUGCAAAAACCAAAACCAAUCCACCCAAACCAGGCCAAGCACAGCUGCAACCUCUAGAGUCAGACAAGCUUCAUUGAACUGCUCUUCCUUCCUCCCAGCAAACAGUGGAAAUUAGAGAGCCAUCUCCUGAAGAUUUGACUCAGUGCUUUGAUAUUUUCUUGCCAGUUUUGUACCAUUAUUGCCAGUAGCUGCAAAGACCUGUCAGUGUAGAAUUAGUGCAUUGUACGCAGUGUGACAGUUGCCACAUUUUCAUUGUGGAACAUAAAUACUGCACGGUAGGUUGCUCAAUUGUCAGGUUUGAGAUGAGGCAGGACAAAUACAAAGAUGUAGUGGGAACUGGAGUAGCCGAAGUAGAGUAGAUGAGUGAUACUUUCAGAUUGACAACUUCCAGCUCCCACAAGUGGCUUUUUCCCAGUAAGGAAUAAGGAUAAUAAAUGUUUGAGUAAAAUUCAUCAGAACCUGGCUCAAAAAAUAAUCUUUUUAAUUUAUUAAAUGACUUAAAUUUGAAAAGAAAGCAGAGACCUAGAGCCAGGGGCUGCUGUCAAUUUCCAGAGCUGGGUCAGGCCCUGAUUUUUACCAUCAGAGCUGUGUGCUGAAUCCUUGCUCCGUACAGAGCCCUAUUAACACCAGUAGAUUCACGUCCUGGAUUCACACUGAUAUAAGGGUCUGCCCAUGUGCAUCCGAUUGCAGGACUGGAGUCUUAGGGAAGCUAUUAGGUUUUCACUGGUAUAACCAGCAGCAGAAAGUGGUCCUUCGAUGCUUUUGUCUCCACAGGGCCUCUCUCGAUCUCUCUGCCCCCACAUUCUGCUCUGGGUACAAAGAGCACAUUCCAUAUCACUUUUUGAAUUUUGAUUUGGGGCACAUGGGUGAUUACAAUUUAAUGGAUCCAGCUGUAAAAAAUCAAUGUGACCAUGGCUCCAGUUUCAGCUUUGUUCUGUUCAAACCCAAGCAGUGAUUGCAUAUAAACGACCGAAAGUCAUGCUUUAAGGGUGUUCUUAAUAAAAACGCGUGCGAUGGGUUCAUUUCAGUAGGGGAAACUCUGCCCAUCUGAGAGAACUACUGGCCCACACCUCCCACCAGUAAAAUAGCCUGGUGAUUUUA